AAUUUUAGUUGUAACUUAUUUACUUGAAUAUUAUACAAAAAACGCAACUGAAAAUAUUGGAUGGUUAAUUGUGAUUUCAAAAGCAUUACCAGAUUUAUAUACACAUAAAUUAGAAUAUUGCGUGAGUGAAUUAUUUUAUAAAAGAUGCAUGGAAGGAUUAGAAAUAUCAAAUAUUAUUGAACAUACAGAUAUUGUACCAAAAAAAUAUCAAAUUACUUCAAAUAAGUUCAUAGCAUUUAAUCCUAUUUCGACACUUAUUUCAACAAGUGAGCCAACAGUCAAUUUUAAACCUUUGGGAAAUGAUUUGAAAUUAAGAUUGGCAAAACUUUACGUAAAAUUUUUUUCAAAAGAUUAUGAAAAUUAUUCUCCAAUCAUAAAAAUAGUUCCUUUACAUAAUUUUACUAUUAAUAGUAUAUCUCAAAAAACUUAUAACCACGGAGGUUCAUUUAUUAUCAAGCUAUUGAAACUGCUAUUUAUUCCUCGAAGUUAUUUUGUUAAUAAUUCAGAUAAUACAAAAUAUUUUUCACAACUUAGUCCAUUUGUUCAAAUCAUUAGAGCAGAAAGUAAUGAUGACAUAUUUAAUAACCCAGUGAUGGAAGCA